CGACGCGCGGUUAAAACAAAUCAAGAGAAGAGAACGAUUCCAUCUUUCUCAAUAUUCGCGAACUCUGCGCGUAAGGCGUCUUAUCAUAAUACGGCCAAUCGAAACCACAAUUCAGCUCGAGCUCAGUUCUUCUCCGGUCACUAAUCGAGUCGCGUCGAGCGAACGGCUGAGCCGAGCCGUACCGCACACCUAGGAGGAAGCUCUUCAUAUAAUUGUCAAGGUCAUCCGGGAAAGGUGGCGGCUCGGUCUAAUAAAGUGUAUUGAAUCGGAUUUUAUUUUCACUAAUUCGGCAAUCAUGGAUCGCGCUCGUGAAGCUGAAGAAGGACUACUGCAGAAUGGUGCUGAAUCGAAAAACCCGACAAAACAGACGUCAAGACGUGAAGAAUUGAACAAACUAAAGGACAGUUUUUUCGAAAAACAGAAAGAUAUCUUCGAAGCGUUCCACAGCAUCGUGUUGCCUCCCAUCAUAUGGGUCACCCUAGCCGACAUACACGCAUCCAUCAAGAACGGUACCUUCGAAACAUUGCUGCAGUUGUUGAAACAUUUUACACGUGCCAACAUUCCAACGCAAAGUUCGGAGUCAUCCAAUUCCAUGGUGGGGCGGCUCAACGACUACUUGCGACGGGAAUCAAACAGAACGGACCCCCUUGCGGAUACACUACUCAAUCUCAUCGACAAUCUUCGCAAGCUAGCAUCGACCUUCUCGAAGAAACACAACAAAGAUAAGUCAACUGAGCUGAUCGAACUCAGAAGUAAAUUUGUAGAAUUCAUCAAAGCAUCCGAAGCCAUGCUCGAAUUGGGUGUUAUUAAUCCUGGUGAAUCUAACACUGAACAAUGCUACCAAACGGCGAAAGACUUGAUCACGAGAUUGAAAAAGCCACUCGAUGAGUGGUGUAUCCAACCAAACAUAGCUGAAUUACACAAACUUUUCGAAGAACUGAACAUCAAGGCUGAUUCGCGUACGAUUGCUGAGCCGAAAACGUUGCUUCAAACUGCCAAAACGCACGGAUCUCUCACCAUCAUGCUGAAAAGGUCUGACAUCUUCGGACCGUUUCUGGAAACUAUACUAACACGAUUCAAUGCGAUCAACGAGCGCUUCCAACCUGAUCUGGACAGUCCCCUUCAUUAUGCGACUCGAAACUUCGACGACACUUUCUUCCAGUGGCUUCAGAACCAGGGCUCGUUGGAUAUCAACAUCAGAAACAAGGCGCAGAAGACCGCAUUGUUUAUGCUGUGUGAACAGUAUACUUCAGUGAGGCAAAAGUUUGUAAAAUGCAGAACGGUCCCCGAACGGGACGAACACCAUGAAAGACUACUAACCUACCGUAAAUUCAUUGAGGAGCUUCUUUCGUACGGAGCGAACUUCAAUAUUUGCAGCAGUAAAGCGCUUUUGCCGUUUGAAUUUUUGGUGGAUCUAAAGGAGGAACUCGAUCCAUCUAAAAAGGCAAAAACAGUUUCUUCUUGGUUAAAGCAAUUGCAAGCAGAUGAACAGAAGUUUUUGGAAACCUGUGAAAGAGUCACUCAACAUACUAUUCUUAAGAGGGUUGUUGUGAAGAAAGACAAAAAAUUUCCUACUGGAAAUUUUGGAACCAUAACGGUUGAGCUGCUGGAGGUUUUCUUGAGAUUUAAGGAACAAAUUUUGUUUAAAAACGAACUUGUAAACCUUGAGUUGAAAGAGGUUGACAAACCCAAGGUUAUCACAUUACUUUUGCAUCCAGCGGUCGAACUAAAUCUGGACAAGACCGUUGCGGAAAUUAUAAAGUGUUUCGGCGAACAACUAUUUGCAACAUCAGAGGAGCAUUCAUGUGAACUGAAGUAUCGUAUUGAGCUGAAAGGUCUGCUACGGAAGGCAUGCGAGAGUGCGAACAAAGACACCCUCGCGCUGUUAGUGAACAGAAUGGACAAAGACAGGCAGCUCAUCAACGAUGAAAGCCUGCUGGUCAACACGUUGAAUCGCAUUAAAAACCUGUCCGACGACAAUGCCGACAAAGCCAAGCUUCUGGCGUGUGUCCAAUGGAUGGCUGCCGAUGGAAGAAUCUACCAGUCCAGAGGGGAUUCUAAUGGCAACACUGCUCUGCAUAUAGCAUUGAAGUCCGGGCUCGUGGAUGUGGCCAAGUUGCUGCUUUCGAAGUCAAAGUUUCUAUAUCUGGGAGUUCAGAAUAACAAGGGUGAGACGCCUAUGGCUUAUGCGUCUUAUGAUUUUUACAAAAACUACCUUGAUAGUUGUGUCAAUACUACGUCGACUUCAGGCACAGCGGUAACUGUUCCGAUUGACCUGGAAGGAAUCAAUCCAUUUUGGUUCAAAAAGACUAAAGAAAAAGAGGAUUUGAUGUUUCCUAAAACUGGAUCAAUAGAUUAUAAGGGAAAAAAGAAAUUCUCUUCGAUGGAUUGCAUCAAGGUCAUUGCGGAAUCUAAGGAGCACAACCCUCUUCUAUACCACCCUGUUAUCUAUACGUAUGUUCUAAUCGAAUGGAUUAGGUACAGUAAAUGGCAUGUCACAAAUUUAGUACUUACCUUGUUAACUGUCAUUGCAUUCGGCUACUUUUCUAUUGAUUAUAUUUGCAAUGGAAACUUUUCUCUGCUUCCUUACGCUAUCAGUUGGUUUGGCGUUGCUUACCUCUUCGUAAGAGAACUGCUACAGUGGGUAGUGUUUGGCAAACAAUACUUCUGGAGCUUUCAGAAUUAUUUGGACAUCUCAAACAUUCUGGGAAUGAUUGUCGUGUUGACAUUCAAUGGUCGAUCGGUAAUCACAGCGCUUUCCAUGAUAAUCCUUGCCCUUCAAGUAAUACAGCUGAUUGGUUCACUGCCCUUCAAUACGAUCUCCACGUAUCGAACCAUGUGCCGAAUAGUGGCUCUAAACGUGAUCAAAAGUUUGGCGCUUUUCUGUCCUCUGUUGAUUGCAUUUGCCUUCAGCUUCUAUGUGUUCUACAAUGACCCACAAUCAUUCAACAAAACUACAAAUAAUGAGGCAGAAAAUCCGGAAUUCAAUAAAUUUGGAUCUGUUUAUGGUGCCGGUGUCAAAAUUUUGGUCAUGGCUACUGGAGAGUUCGAGGCUGCCGAAAUGAGGAUCGACGGUGGAAUGAUCAUCGUUUUCCUGCUGUUCCUGUUUUGCGUCCCAAUGGUCAUUCAGAACUUGAUCAACGGUUUGGCAAUUAGCGACAUUGUCGAAAUUCGCAACCAAUCCGAAUCGAUCAGUCUCACAGAAAAAGUACAACUUCUUGCUCAGUUUGAAGCGGGAGUGUCUCGUAAAGCCUGUAAACCUCUUAAGGCGAUCCUUAUUCAGCUACAAAAGCGAUCGCCGUUACUUUUCUUCGAGUGUUUCUCCAGCAAAGUAACUAUUUCUGUGAAAGACCAAGCCAUAAUUAAGGUUAAGCCUAUACAUCCAAUAACAGCAAAACAUCGAAGCUUUGCUGACUCAAAUAAAAAAUCUGCUUUGCAACGCCACGACGCUAAGAAUAACAUGGAGAUGGCACCUCCGCAAAGUGUCUCCGACGUGGACGCUAAUUUCGAGAAGAACAAACCGACCAGAGACGGCUGGCAAAGCAUUCCGAGGAUUCCUGGACUGCCCACUUUCGUGGCAACGCUCGAAGAAACCAUACUGAAAGAGUUGCUUGCCAUCCAUGAUCGGAACAUUGCUAGCAAUCAGCAGAAACCGUUGCAAAAACAGCCCAAACACAAAUCUGAAACGGCAACCAAGCAAAAAGAUGAACAAGUGGAUCCUUCAACAGCUAAUGAUGCUGCCGUUACAAGUACCUCUUCGAGCAAACAACCGGAAACUGAGGUUGAAACCCCUUCAACGACCCAGUAACAAAUGGCGACAAAAACGUCAAACGAUACGUCAGCAUAAAGGUGUCAUGAGACUGUUUGUCAUUAUGACAAAUAUUUUCCAUUAAAGUCCGACAUUUGUCCAAGUUUGCUAUUAUUCACGUUGUGUUGGUCAUUUGUUGGGCUUGUUUGGUCAAAUAUUUGCCAUGUCUAAUUGGACCUUAAGAAAGGGACGUUUCUCCACUAUUUUGGAAUUAUGUUUAGAAAAAUAGUUUGCUUUAGGUAUUGUGGAUUUAGCACCAAAUUGGUGUCGGAAAUAACUUCAUUGACUUCCGCUGCCUUUCUUAUGCGUUAAACAUAACGUCGGAAGUAGCGCACUGUAUAGCAAAUCUGAUGCUCUAUUCAGCGUACUACUUCCGACGUUAUGUUUAACGCACGGGGAAAGCAGCGGAAGUCAAUGAAGUUACUUCCGACACCAAUUUGGUGCUAAAUCCACAAUAUACUCGGUAGGAAUCUUUAUUUCAAUAUUACUAUAUCUUCAGACAUAUGCAGGUAAAUACAACAGGACGUAUACACCACUCUGACUGAUACCUAAUAAUAACAUCAACAGAAAAGUGCAUUUAAGAUUUCUUCAAUUACCUAUUUGAAGUUUAUCUAGCAACUCGUUUUAGUCAGUAUAAAAUGUCUAUUUGAAUGACUAUUUGAAGAAGCAAAUCUGAAGGAAAAUUGGGUGGGAUAAGCAACUAUCCCAUAUUAUAGGUCAGAAGGUACUAAGCAAUGGAAUCACUCUAAAAAUAAUGUUGGCAAUGGCCUUUCGUCUUCCGUUCAAAUGUUAACGCAUUCAAAAUGCAAUUGUCAUAGCUAUUCUGUAUUUUUUACGAAAUUAAUUAUUAAUUUUAUGCAGGAACUAAUAUAUAUCUGUAAUAUAAUU